AUGGCUCCUGCUCUACCUCACUCCCAGACAGGGGUUGGCAAUGGCACGAUGGCUCCCAGCCAUCAAUUCCAGCCUCCAAGUAGGCCAAGCUCUGCUCAAGGUCAACAACCUCCAAAAAAGAUGCGGAGACUUUACGAUGGCUCCAAGGAUCCGAGUGGUCCCAAUAUGAGUGGUCCCAAUACCAAGCCACGUGCGAAGCAAGCAUCCAAGAGAAAUCCUCGGUGGGUUGACCUUGUUAGGCCAUUGGAUGUGAAUGAUAUGUUUCUGAAGGACAGCUAUGAUGUGGCUACAAUCGCUCGAGACGUAUUGAUUACUGCUGGCAAACACCCAACCGAAAAGCCGCUUAAUUAUCACCUCCAAUGCCUCACGAAGACAGUUCCCGCCCUGGAUCAUUCAUCGGACUUGGCUUCUCUGAGAUGGGAUGGCAUAGAUCCGCUCAUCUAUUCACGUGACAAGCGACCCCGCAACACCUCGACGCGUCCACCUGCCCAACCAAUUAACGCGAUCGGCGCGGUGGCACCUCCAUCCUCUCACGGCGACUCCCUUCCACCUCAACCUUCUUCGUUGCUUUCACUGCCUCACAAUUCUCACUCCGCAAAAUCUAAUCCUUUCAUUUCACCCCCACCGCCGAUCCCUUCCACUCCCGACCCUGCGCCCGAGCGGGCACUAUCGAAACCCCCCAGGCGGCAGCAGAGACGCCAACUACCAAAAUAA